UAACAUUUCAAUAUUCAUAAGUAUCUUUUUAAUUUUAUUAAUAAUAGUAAUAAUUUACAAAAGCUUUAAAGAGUGAUUAAUAAUAGUUAAUUGAAAUAGAAAUGGCGGAAGCUUCAAAUGACGCGAAAGACAUUGAAAAGCUUUAUGUUUUUGGUGAACGUCUCAGCGAAGCCAAAGAUAAAUCUCAGAAUGUGGAAGAUUACAAGAGUAUAAUUGAAGCUGCUAGAAGUUCAAGUGUAAAAGCUAGACAAUUAGCUGCUCAAUUGAUUCCUAGAUUUUUCAAGUUCUUUCCGAGUUUAUCCGGUACGGUCACCGAUGCUCAUUUCGAUUUAUGUGAAGCCGAAGAUCUCGGGAUACGGGUGCAAGCAAUUCGUGGACUCCCUCUUUUCUGCAAGGAUACACCAGAGCAUAUUUCUAAGAUCGUUGACAUUCUUGUACAACUUCUCAUUGCUGAAGAAAAUGUGGAGCGUGAUGCUGUGCAUAAAGCUCUUCUGUCUUUAUUGAGACAAGAUGUGAAAGCAUCCUUGACGGCGUUAUUUAAGCACAUUGAGAGUGUUGAUGAGCCGGUUACAGAUGAUAAUCUUCGUGAGAGGACCCUGAUCUUUAUUAGGGACAAGGUGUUUCCUUUAAAAUCUGAGCUCUUGAAGCCACAGGAGCAGAUGGAAAGGCAUAUAACUGAUUUAGUUAAAAAGAGUUUACAAGAUGUCACUGGAGCAGAAUUUAAGAUGUUUAUGGAUUUUUUAAAAAGUUUGAGCAUAUUUGGAGAGAAAGCUCCUACUGCGCGUGUCCAAGAACUUGUUGAAAUUAUUGAAGGCCAAGCUGAUCUGGAUGCACAAUUCAGUGUCGAAGACGGGGAUCAUGUUGAUAGAUUGAUAUCAUGCCUAUAUAUGGCUCUUCCAUUCUUUAUAAGGGGUGCUUCAAGUAGCAAGUUUCUCAAUUAUCUAAAUAAGCACAUUCUCCCUGUUUUUGAUAAGCUUCCUGAAGAACGAAAAGUAGACUUGCUCAAGAACCUUGCAGAGAGCUCACCCUAUGCAGCACCACAAGAUUCGAGGCAGAUCCUUCCUUCUGUUGUUCAACUCUUGAAGAAGUACAUGCCUCGAAGGAAAACAGGAGAAGAGAUGAACUUCACAUAUGUGGAGUGUAUGCUGUACACAUUUCACCAUUUAGCGAACAAGGCUCCAAAUGCCACCAAUAGUUUAUGCGGUUAUAAAAUAGUGACCGGGCAACCAUCAGACAGGCUUGGUGAGGACUUCACAGAGCUCUACAAAGAUUUCACAGAGAGGUUGAGCUGUGUUGAAGACCUUACCAAAGCUACAAUGAAGAAAUUAACUCAAGGAAUGGGUCAGCCAAAUAAGACAACUGGUACCUCUAUAUCUGAUGAAGAAAAGGCUAAAAUUAAAAUGCAAAAGCAGAAUGCCGCAACAGGGUUGCGUAUCUGCAACAAUAUCUUGGCAAUGACACAGCCAUUGCAUUCAAAAGCGCCUUCGUUUAUUGGAGAUAAAAGAAUUAACCUAUCCUGGAAUGAAGCAGUUAAAACUGUAGCUCCAGCAAACACACCCGGAGGGAAACGACCUGCCAACUCCCUGAAUGGUUCAGGCAACCAAGCAAACAAAAGAAGCCGUGGAGGUGGCAACCAGCUUGUUGAUAGGGCAUUUGAAAAUCAAUAUGGUGGGAGAGGUGGCUCUAGGGGAGGACAAGGUAGGGGAUGGGGUAGACGUGGUCGUGGAAGAGGAUAUUAUCGUUAACUCUCAUUUCCUAAAUCAGAGAUCGGUGGUGGGGUGGGCUGCAAUGGAGAUUAUUAGACGAACUUUGAGCCCAACUAAAUUGCGGGAGUUAAGCUAGAUUUAUACACUUGAAUUUGACACUUUAGAUGUUUUGAUUUUGAGUUUUAAUUUUUUUUUCUUAUUUCAAGUACUUCCGUUAAUUACUGACCAGGCCUCCAUUAGAGAUGAUUACUGGAUAUGUAGCGAGAUCCUUGAAUCUUAAAUUCUUAAUGUAUAUUAUUUUUGUACUUGUUUUUUAUAA